AUGAUUCGGCGGUUAUGGUGUGUGCAGUGUCAGAGCGCGUCGUUCUCUUCCACUUCCACCACCACCAACCAGAAGAAGCCCGUUGUUCUCUUGGGAGCACCUCAGGUCUCCACUAUAGUCCUCGACGCACUUCUCACCGCUUCUGCUUCUCCACAUUCUUCCUUUGAGGUUGCGGCUAUUGUGACUCAGCCAGCCGCUAGAAGGGACCGAGGGAAAAAGCUUUUGCACUCUCCCUUGGCCAACUAUGCUCUUGACAGAGGCUUCUCUCAGAAUCUUAUUUUCACUCCUCAACGCGCCGGAGACGAUACUUUCUUGUCCGAUUUAAAAGCUUUGCAGCCGCAGCUAUGCAUUACAGCAGCUUAUGGAAAUAUAUUACCUACCAAGUUUCUAGAUAUCCCUCCUUUCGGAACUGUCAACAUUCACCCUAGCCUUUUGCCAAUGUAUCGUGGUGCUGCUCCUGUUCAAAGAGCAUUGCAGGAUGGUGUUAAAGAAACUGGAGUGUCGUUAGCAUUCACUGUUCGUGCACUCGAUGCUGGACCUAUCAUUGCGACUGAAACCGUUCAAGUUGAUCAUCAUAUAAAGGCACCCGAUUUACUUGAACUCCUGUUUCAUAAAGGGUCUGAACUUCUGAUUCGGGAACUUCCGUCUAUAUUUGAUGGAUCAGCAAGAGUGAAGGCACAACCCCAAGAUGAUUCUACGGCUACAUUGGCACCAAAGAUAGGUCCAGAUGAAUCAUGGCUAUUCUUUGAUCAAGAAGCGUCUGUUCUCCAUAAUAAGGUUCGUGCAUUUUCAGGAUGGCCAGGAUCUAGAACGCAGAUUCUAGUAGUUGACAAAAAUGGUGAGAAGAAAACUUUGGAGAUUAAAGUCAUAACCACACGAGUUUGUACCCAUGAAAGUGUGCAGUUCAAUGAAGCAGAUGACAUUGCAUUUGUCAAUGGUGCAUUGGUGUUUCCAUGUGGAAGGGGCACCACACUUGAGGUAUUGGAGCUUCAGCUUCCUGGAAAAAAGGUGGUUAAUGCAGCUGCUUUCUGGAAUGGCUUGCGGGGACAGAAGCUGAAGAAAAAAACAUGA